CACUUUAAUAUAAUAUAUAUAUAUAUACAUACAUACAUACAUACAUUCACUUCAUUAAUUUAUUCGUCAUGAUAUGAUAUUUUCAACUUAUUGAUGAUAAUAAUCUCACUCUCUAGCUACCUAAUAUCAUCCCCUCAUCUUUAUCAAGCUAGCUACCCUUUUCGUUGAAUUCCAUAUAUAAGUAGUAUCACUAUCACACAUAUAUACAUAUAUAUUCAUUUUGUUGAAUAAUCCCUUUUUUGUUGUAGACCCAUUUAGAAACUUCUUCUUCUCGAUCUCGAUCUAGUUUAACACCAUACCUAUUUAGCUAGGAAUAUACAUAUAUAUACUUAUAGAUAUAUAUGGGGGACUCAUCAUCUUCUGCUUCGUAUAUUCACAUGGUGCACCACUUGAUUGAAGAGUGUAUGGUGUUCAACUUGAGCAAGGAAGAGUGCAUGGAAGCCCUCUCUAAGCAUGCAAAUAUCAAGCCUGUCAUAACAUCCACAGUGUGGAAGGAGCUAGAGAAGGAAAACAAGGAGUUCUUUGAGGCCUACGCCAAGAAAAGGAAAGAUCAAGAUCAAGAUGAUGACAAAUCAAAGGAUACAUAAUCAUGUUCAAACACCUGACCUCCACCACCACCACCAUAUAUAACCAGUAGUGACCACUGUAAAUAUUUAUAUAUGAAUAGGUCUACAAAUCUAUAAAGCAACGUAGCUGCUCAAAUAAACCCUCCCAAAAAAACAAAAGGGCUAAACGACACGUCGUAUGUGGGGAUUGUUGUCGUACGUGUUUAGUAGGGUUGGGGUAUGAUUGGGAAAGCGUAAGCUCAGCUAGUAACGUGGUUGAGUGGGCCUCAUGCAUGGCGACACGUUUUGUGCACGUGGCAAUGCCCCUUUCUCCAUUUAUUAUUUCAUCAUCAAAUAAGACAUUUACGACUUUAAUUUACCAUCCUUUCCUUUUCUUCGAAUAAAUCAACUACUUUCUCUA